AUUUCGAAAUCCCAAUCGCUCCGCCUCAACUUGCAAUGGGUUCCAUGGACAACUUCGCCUGGAGCGAAGUCUCACCUGGCCGAUGGGAGAGAGACAUUGACGAGAUCGAGAACUUCUACCUCGCUCUCGAUAGACAGUACGCUGAAACUGGUCGCCACUACUUCGCAAUCAUGGGCCAUGUCUCAAUAAGCAUGGAAGUCCCAUCUCAUCAACAGUCGGAAGUGUGCGAGCGUGAACUCGAACGUGCGUUACAGGCAGCAUGGGUCCGUUUGCGUUUCGACCAUCCCACGAUAGCUUCUUGGGUCGAGUAUACCGGACGGCAGCCUCGCAAGGUGUAUGAAUGUGGCGGACCGCAACCUGAUAGACAGGAAUCCCUCGAGAACUGGCUCGACAGCACUUUUAGAUCCGUCUCCACCAACAUGACUGGUCUCGAGUGGUGUAACGCCGAUCAACCUUUGCCAGCAUUGUCAACGCUGUUUGUU